AUGAACAAGGAAACCUCGUGGGAAACCAGUAACCAAAGCAACCAAGGAGAAUUCAUCUUGCUGGGAGUUGCUGACCGGCCACGCUUGGAGAUGUUGCUCUUUGCUCUUGUCCUGGCCUGCUACUUGAUGACUCUUUUGGGCAACACAACCAUCAUCGUGACAUCGAGACUAGAUCCAGGGCUCCAUACCCCCAUGUAUUUCUUCCUCAGCAACCUUUCCUUCCUUGACCUUUGCUUCACCACCAGUCUUGGGCCCCAUGUUCUGGUGAACUUCUCGAGAAAAAGUAAGGCCAUCCCUUAUGGUGCCUGUGUGGCUGAAAUGUAUAUCUCCCUUGCUCUGGGCUGCACAGAGUGUAUUUUGUUGGCUGCCAUGGCCUACGACCGUUAUGCCGCCAUCUGUCAUCCACUGCGCUACACUUUGAUUAUGAGCCAGUCUCUGUGUUUCAUGAUGACUGCUGUCUCCUGGGUAAGUGGCUUCAGUCUCUCAUUAGUUUAUACAGUGAUGAUUCUUAGGCUUCCAUUUUGUGGGCGAAAUCACUUAGAUCAUUUCUUUUGUGAGCUCCCUGCCAUUCUGAAACUGGCCUGUGUUGACACUUCCCUUAAUGAAGCUUUGAUGCUGUCUGGAAGUGUGGUGUUUCUUCUAGCACCGGUUAGUCUCAUCACAGUCUCUUAUGGCUAUAUAGCUGCUGCAGUGCUGAGGAUCCACUCAGCUGAGGCCAGGAAGAGGGCCUUCAACACUUGUUCCUCCCACUUGAUGGUGGUCUGGCUCUUCUAUGGCACAGCCAUUUUCAAUUAUAUCCAGCCUCUGUCCAUCUCCUCCAGUGAUCAACGCAAGAUGAUUUCCCUUUUCUACACCUUUGUCACCCCCAUGCUUAACCCACUGAUCUACACUCUGAGGAACAAAGAGGUGCAUAAAGCUCUCCACAGACUAAUCAAGAAGAAAUAA